UGUCUGACCUUUGUUACCUGCAGUGUUGGACAGAAGUCCCUUUUUUACUGCGUACUCCAGCAUUUCAAAUUUGACCUGCAACUGCAAUUUUGGGAGUCUGUGGUAUGGCGAAUCGCAAGUCCUUCUCCGAAGUAAAAGAGACGGUCCUCGCAGCCCACAAAGACGUAGACCCGGAGGGUAAAGUUAAAUUUUACGAUAGCUGGGCUGAUAAUUAUGAGCAGGAUGUAGAAACACUGGAAUACAGGGCUCCUUACCUGGCUGCAGAGACACUAUCAUCAGCUUUCCAAGGAAAUCGAGACCUUGCUGUGAUACUAGAUGUGGCCUGUGGAACAGGCCUAGUAGUUUCCUGGCUACACAAAAUGGGCUUCAGAAAUUUCCAUGGUAUCGAUGGUAGUGAAGGAAUGCUUGAAAUGGCCAAAACCAAAGGAUUAUACCAAAAUCUGAAGUGCUGCAUGCUCGGAACGGAGACUCUUUCAUCUCCCAUUUCUUUUUAUGAUGCAGUACUUCUAGUUGGUGCACUCAGCGUUGGACAUGUGCCAGUCGAAGUAAUUUGGGAGCUCUGCAAAGUAACAAAACCAGGUGGAUAUAUAUGUAUGACAACAAGAGCCAACAACACCAAUAUACAUUAUAAAGAUCAGCUGGAAUCCCUGCAGAGAUCAAUGGAGGAAAAGGGAUUGUGGAAAAAAAUAGCAGUUCGAGAAGUAGAAAAAUGGGAAAGAGCAGUUUCGGAGAGUGACUGUGUGUACAUCUCUGGAGUGGUAUAUUUGUAUAGAAAAACCUGUGUGGAAUCUUGAAGGGAACAACAGCAAUGCCCUUAUUUUAUUCUUGCCACAAACUGUCAUGUUGAUAUAGCAAUUUAUUGCUGUACUAUUUUAAAUGUACAGUAAUAAAUAGUCCCCUUUCUUUUUAUAGUAAGUGCCUUAUGCUAAAGUUUCAGAGCUUUAAAAUAGUGUGUAGUGAAUUUGAUGAAUUCCCUCAAGAUAAUGUAUAUUUAGAUACUCUGAAAUAUGCCAUAUGUUUAGAAUACUAUACAGUACAUAAAUCCAGUUGCUAGCAUGAAUGCUGUUUUUUGUCUCAAACUAUAGUCAAAAAUCAGUUCUGAGGAAAAUUGAAAGCCUAAAACUAAAUGAGUUAACCAAUAUUUAUGAUUUUAAUCAUUAUAAACUGUAGAAACUAAAAACAGGAUGAAUAUGAUCAUUCUUUAAAUCUCAUUAAUUGGAAUUUCAAAAAAUCAACUGUAGACAGCUCAACCCUUAAAAACAUCAGAUUUUCUUUGAAAAAUGGUCUUGUGAUUGGCACUUCCAAUGAGUGGUGAGAACUGUGGUAGUACAGUAUAUAGGUAUAGGUAGAAUACAGACUGAAUUUUUUAAAUGUAAAAACUUUUAAUAAUAGUUGUGCCAAUGUGCUGGCUUCUCAGCCAGCCUCACCCUUAUAUUUUGGUGUUUGGAAUACUGGCACAGGCUUUUUUUAGUUGCUUCCUUUCUUAACAUAAAAACAAAACCUUCAAUAGCCACUUUAGGAUAUCCCACAUGACUCUCUUAAAACAAUCUCUUAUUUCAUGUACAGAUAUUUAAAUCUUUGUUAGCAUGCAGUCAAAUCCUCUUGUCCUGGCUAACCCUGAUAGACCCCUGUUACAUAAACAUUAAUAGAAACUUGAGUAUUUUAUAUAAAAUAGAGGAAAAAAAAUUCAGACAGUCAAUGAAGAAUUUUUAUUAUUGUUGGAUUUGUUUUCUCUCAUCUAUUCAUCCAAUUUCUGAACUAACUUGGCCCAGUUCUGGGUUGUGGAGUGGCCUUACCUUUGAUGCCAUCAUCAGAUCUUAGCAAGAACCAACUCUAGGAGGAAUGCCAGUACAUCAAAGAGUCGCAUCCUUCAUGUUUACUACCUAAAGACUAGAACAAUCCUUUAGUUAUAUCUGGAUUAGUUUCACAGUGUCAACAGGGAGUGAUCUUCUUAACACAGAAUGUGGUCCUGGAUUAUUUACCUUCAGUCAUGUUUGAAUAUUUAAAAUGUAUUGACUUAUUUUCACUCCCUGUUUUAUAUUUCGUCAUACAUUUUUUACUACAGAAAAUUUUAUUAUUACAAAAAUAAUUUGGAACAGUGAGAUGUAUUAAAGUGGAGAAAGUAAAAAGAAGUGGGAAAAUAGCAGAAAUUAAAUAUCUGUGUUUGAUAUUCAGAUAUGUUUAAUACCUUAAUUAUUGUUUAAAAGCAACAUGUAAUGUUUAUUACAUUUCUGAUUAAAAUGUUUUGAUUUACAUAAGUGUAAGUACUUAAAUUGCAAACAGGUUUUAGGGCACUUGUCAGUAAAAUUGACAGUAACUAGAUACAAUACAAAUUGCUCAGUUAGCGUUAAUAUUUAAUAGGGAAAACUGCGUUACUGUAGCAUUAGAGAAAGGGAGAAAUCUUGAUAUUUUCUGUUUUGCUGAACUGGUAAAAGUACUCUAAAAUCAGAUUUUGACUUCUCAUCUAUGAUAUACUGUAUAUAAAACUAUGUAAAUUUUAUAUUUGAAGACUUAAAGUAAUUUCAUUUAGGCUCUCUUUAGGUUGCAUACUCUUUAAACAAAAGUUUGUUUUUAUACUUGUAGGAGAUUAAGUUUCUGAAAAUGCAGGUGUAUAAAUUCACCAAGAGCUUGCUGCAAGUAAACAAUAUCAAUGUUAAGAAGGUAAGACACACAAGGUAAUUUUAUAAUGAGAUGCUGAGAAGAGGAAUAUAUUAAUAGAUACUAGUAGCAGAAUGUUAUUUACGACUGUCCAACAGUGGUUGGCUAAAACAGAAAGAGACAAAUUUAGUUAUGUUAUGUAAAUAAUUAAAAAAUAGCACAAAUCUAAACCCCUGAAUGCAGGAAUAUUGUGGCAUAUAUUCAUGUUUUCAUGUGUCAACUAUUGAAAUAAAAAUGAUGCUGAUGUGGCAUUAAAUUAUU